AUGGUGCAUCAGGAAAAACGCGUUUACCAGGCCCAGAGGAAUGAGAGAGAGUCCAUCAGGCAGAAACUUGCCCUUGGCAGUUUCUAUGACGACGAGCCAGUCAUCUACACCAGCUGCAGCAAGAACGGUCCAGCCUCCCGGUGGGUUUCAAUCGAGCUGCAAAGUGGAGUGAACCUGCAGGUGUGUUUUGUUAAUGACAGCAGCAGUGACAAAGACAGCGAUGCUGAGGACAGUAGGACAGAGACCAGUCUGGACACACCGCUGUCACCAGUGAGCAAGCAGAGCUCAUCGUUAUCAGAUCGAGACACAGCAGAGGAGGACUCAGAUGCGUUAGAUGACUGCGGUGGGUUCUGGCGGGUACAACGGAGACUCCAGGAGGAGGCCCGGGUGGCGCUGGCUCUGGCAAGACCCAUGGCCCGCAUGCAGGUGGAGGUGGAGAGGCAAAUCCAACUGCACAGACGUUCACCUGUUGCAUACUUGCUUCCUCAUCUGCCCCACAUCAGCGAGGGCUUGAUGAAGAGGAAUCUGAGGCGAGGCGACAUGAGGGACAUGAGUCUUGGCCAGCUGCAGGUCAUCACAAAUGACUUACACUCACAGAUUCAGAGUCUUAAUGAGGAGCUGGUGCAGUUGCUUCUGAUGAGGGAUGAACUACAUGUGGAGCAAGAUGCCAUGCUGGUGGACAUAGAGGACCUCACCAGGCAUGCCCACAGCCAUCAGCGGCACCAGGCAGAAAAACCCAUGUCAAAAUAAACUCCCUGUCUUCACACACCCAUCUGCACGCCA